UCAGGCACACUCCUGUGUACCAACCAUGGAACUGGAACAAAUUCUCACCCAGCUGACCACUGUGGCCUGUGGGUUCCUGCUUCUCCUCCAAGUUCAGGGCCAGGACUCAGCCAGUCCCAUCAGGACCACACACACAGGCCAGAUACAAGGCAGCCUGGUCCACAUGAAGGGCCUAGAUGUGGGUGUCCACACUUUCCUGGGAAUUCCCUUUGCCAAGCCACCGAUAGGAUCACUGCGCUUUGUGCCCCCGGAGCCACCUGAACUGUGGAGUGGAAUGAGGAAUGGGACCUCCUAUCCGGCCAUGUGUCUGCAGGACAUCACAGCAAUGAAUAUGCAGGCUCUUAAGCUAUUGAAGCUCACCUUGCCUCCCAUCCCCAUGUCUGAGGACUGCCUGUACCUUAACAUCUAUGCACCAGAUCAUGCCCAUGAAGGUUCCAACCUACCUGUGAUGGUGUGGAUCCAUGGUGGUGCACUGGUUAUAGGCAUGGCUUCCUUGUAUGAUGGAUCCAUGCUGGCAGCCAUGGAGGAUGUGGUGGUGGUCACUAUCCAGUACCGCCUGGGUAUCCUAGGCUUCUUCAGCACUGGAGACAAGCAUGCCAGAGGAAACUGGGGCUACCUGGACCAAGUGGCUGCCCUACGUUGGGUUCAGCAGAACAUCGCCCACUUUGGAGGCAACCCUGACAGAGUCACUAUUUUUGGGGAGUCUGCAGGAGGCACUAGUGUGUCUGCACAUGUUGUGUCCCCCAUGUCACAAGGACUCUUCCACAGAGCCAUCAUGGAGAGUGGGGUGGCCCUGAUGCCAAGCCUCAUCUCAAAAUCCUCUGAAGUAAUCUACAGAAUGGUUGCCAACCUGUCUGGAUGUGAGCAGAUGGACUCAGAAGCUCUGGUGAAUUGUCUACGAGACAAGAGUGAAGAGGAGAUUAUGGCAGUUAACAAGGCCUUCAAGAUCAUCCCUGGUGUAGUAGAUGGUAUCUUCCUGCCCAGGCAUCCCGAGGAGCUGCUGGCCUCUGCUGAUUUCCAAUUUGUCCCCAGCAUUAUUGGUGUCAAUAAUGAUGAGUAUGGCUGGAUCAUCCCCUCGAGCAUAAGCACCACUGACUCCCAGAAGGAAAUAGACAGACAGACUGUAAAAGCUAUUCUGCAGAGAAGGGCAGCACAGAUGAUGUGGCCUCCUGAAUUUAGUGACCUGCUGAUGGAGGAGUACAUGGGGAACAAUGAGGACCCUCAGCUUCUCCAAGUGCAGUUCAAGGAGAUGAUGGAAGACUUCAUCUUUGUGAUCCCUGCACUGCAAGUAGCACAUUUUCAGCGUUCCCAUGCCCCUGUAUUCUUCUAUGAGUUCCAGCAUCGGCCCAACUUCUUCAAGGACUCCAAGCCAUCCAGUGUAAAGGCCGACCAUGGUGAUGAGAUUCUCUUUAUCUUCAGAUCAUUUUGGGGAGGCACCCAAGUCGCCCUCACUGAGGAGGAGGAGCUGCUGAGCAGGAGGAUGAUGAAGUACUGGGCCAACUUUGCACGACAUGGGAACCCCAACAGUAAAGGCCUGCCCACCUGGCCCAUGUUUGACCAUAAUGAGCAGUACCUGCAGCUGGACAUCCAGCCUACUGUAGGCCGGGCCCUGAAGGCAAACCGGGUGCAGUUCUGGACCAAGACUCUACCCCAGAAGAUCCAGGAGCUAAAAGAGGUUGAAGACAGUCAUGGAGAGCUGUAGCGCCUUGAGUCAAGUUGCAGUUCAUCCUGGGUUCAAGUGGGUUUAUUUGAGGUUUCCAAACACCUUUAGAAGAGAUAGAAAGGAUCCACACUUAUAUGUAGUCAUCAAGCUCAUACAACCCAACAAUUAUGAAGUCUCCUCUACAUGAUAUAUGUUCCCUGCUAAGCCUGAUAUGGGUCACCUCUGUUACACACACCAAACAUACAGGUGGCUAAUGACAAGUGAGUCCCAAUAGACAACACCUUCCUCCCUGCUACAGUAGGCAAGGGUCCCUUCCUCCCUGCUACAGUAGGCAAGGGUCCCUUCCUCCCUCCCUCACCCACUCACUUUCUUCCAGCUCCUUCCCUCUCCUUUCUCUUCUCAGACCUCCCACUACUAGUGAUGUUCCUCGGAGAGGAUUUCACUAACCUUCAUGACUGAAUACCUUUUUCACAUCUCAGCAGAGACAAAUUUUAAAAGCAGAUACUAAAAGCCCCAAGAGUUCAUUGUGGAGCUAAUCACACAAUUAUCACAGUGGGAUGGCUUCAGCACAACAGAAAUUCAUUGCUAUCUAGAAGCUGAAAGCUCUGGUGAUGGUGGCACCCAAUUUGAUAUCUAACAAGGAAUUACUCUCAGAAUCGUGGGUAGCACUUUGCCCUUCCCACCAUAAGACAGCGAACAAGUUUCCAUAGGCCCCAUUCGUACAAAUAAAUUCCCACAGGCUCAAUUCUUAUAAACAAGUUCCUACAGGCCCCAUUCAUACAAGCCCCAUAUUAGCUUGUCCUUUAUUAUAACAAAAUCUGAGCCAAUAAUUCAUAAAAGGAAGAGUUUCUGAGAUAACAAGAUGACUCAGCAGUCAAGGGCACAUGCCAUAAAGUGUCACAACAUGAAUUUGAUCCCCAGGACCCACACAGUAGGAAAGAACUGACUUCCCACAUUGUCCUCUGGCCUUCACAUAUGUUCUGUGGUUCUAUGGUGCAUACACACACACACACACACACACA